GGAAAAAAAAAGAAAAAAAGAUUCGUAUACUGGAGGAUUGAUGUUUUGGGCCCCACAACUCCUUCAACUCUUUCUUUUUGGUUUUUCUCAAUACACCUAUCUGCCCUAUACGCGCUCCGGCCUCUCUCUCUCUCUCUCUGUCUCUCUUUCUCAACCGCUUUAAUUUGAAAAUGGUACUGGUUGCAAAACCAGGCGAGACCCACCUCGUCUCUUCUUAGGAUAUAUAUACCCUUCUACACUUCCCGUGGUUUCUUUUAAUGGAGUUUUGAUUCAGAAACCCCCCAGGUUUGUCAUUCAACCAAUGGCAUCUGGAAAUGCUUAUUUUGAGGACAUCCGGAGUAGUCCUGAGGUUGUUGAUCCUCCUCAAAAUGAAGACAUGAUGGAUGUUGGUGAACAUGUGAAUGAUCCUGCUCAAACUGCUUUGAAACCGAAUGUGACUGUUUCCAGCAGCGUUCGUGAACUAUUGGAAUGCCCAGUAUGCUUAAAUGCAAUGUAUCCUCCUAUCCAUCAGUGCUCAAAUGGUCACACAUUAUGCUCUGGUUGCAAGCCCAGAGUGCAUAACAGGUGCCCCACUUGCAGGCAUGAACUUGGCAACAUCAGAUGUCUAGCUUUAGAGAAGGUGGCUGCAUCACUUGAACUUCCGUGCAAAUAUCAAACCUUUGGGUGCAUAGGCAUCUACCCGUACUACAGCAAGCUAAAACAUGAAGCCCAAUGCGUAUUCAGACCCUACAACUGCCCCUAUGCUGGAUCAGAGUGUACAGUCAUUGGUGAUAUUCCUUACCUGGUGGCCCAUUUGAAAGAUGAUCACAAAGUUGACAUGCACAAUGGCAGUACUUUUAACCACCGUUACGUCAAAUCAAAUCCGCAUGAAGUUGAGAAUGCAACAUGGAUGCUUACGGUAUUCAGUUGCUUCGGGCAGUUCUUCUGUUUACAUUUCGAAGCAUUCCAACUGGGUAUGGCUCCUGUCUACAUAGCGUUCCUGCGAUUCAUGGGCGACGAUAAUGAGGCAAAGAACUACAGUUACAGUCUUGAGGUGGGAGGGAAUGGAAGGAAGAUGAUUUGGCAAGGGGUGCCCAGAAGCAUAAGGGACAGCCAUCGGAAGGUCCGGGACAGUUUUGAUGGUCUCAUUAUCCAACGCAACAUGGCUCUCUUCUUCUCAGGAGGAGACCGUAAAGAACUAAAGCUCAGAGUUACAGGAAGGAUUUGGAAGGAACAGUAAUGCAGUGAACUUGCAUUUCGUGGCUUCACCAUAUUAGUCAAGUAGAUUUACCAGUUGCGAUUAGGAGUUCAUGGAUCUUAGGCAAACGCUCUUUGCUUGUCCAUACACUUAGAUCAGUGGGAAGGCGUGCUGUAUCUCUGCAACUAGAGGUUGUUCCUUCUUGUUAGAUUUAUUAGAAUUGUUGCAGCAGUUAGAAUUUCUUUAUUUCCAUGCCUGGAAGAACACGUUGAUUCUUGGAACUGCUCGAGAGGUAUCAAGAUGAAAAUUUUCCCUGAUUGAUUCUCUGAA